AUCAUAAUAAUCAUUUAUUUCCUGGAAUUGAAGACCAUAUUCACUCCCUUUCUAUCUCUGUGAGGAGCAGGUUAACAACACCUAGAAGUAAAGGUGUCAGCAGGUUUGGUUUUUUUCUUCCCACGAAGCAAGCUACAAACUUCCCGGGAAAAGCUUUCCAGGCGGUGCCGCGGGAGCUUGGGUUCCUCCCAUUGGUUCUUUCUGGGAGCCUCCGCCCACCCACGGUCCCGCCUCCUGGGAAGAUGAACCAAUAGGGGCGUGAGUUGUGGUUUAAACUCGGAGUCCGGCGAGGGCGCUGGAGACCGAAUCUUGGUUGAAUUUGGCUGUGGAUUCCGACGUGGGUGGACGGUGAGGUCGUGAGUGGCUGGGCGCGCGGAUCUCGCGAGGAAGGAGCUAGUCCAGAAUGGCUACCCUGAUCUUUGUUGAUAAGGAAAAUGGAGAACCAGGCACCCGUGUGGCUCCCAAGGACGGGCUGAAGCCGGGGUCUAGGCCUCCAGUCAAAGCUUUAGAUGGGAGAUCUCAGGUUUCAACACCACAUGUAGGCAAAAUGUUUGAUGCUCAAGCAGCCUUACCUAAAGUUGCCAGAAAGGCUUUGGGAACUGUCAACAGAGCCACAGAAAACUCAGUAAAGACUAAUGGAUCUCUCAAACAGAAGCAGCCGACCUUCUCUGCCAAAAAGGUGACUGAGAAGACUAUCAAAGCAAAAAGCUCUGUUCCUGCCUCGGAUGACACCUAUCCAGAAAUAGAAAAAUUCUUUCCCUUCAAUCCUUUAGAUUUUGAGAGUUUUGACCUGCCUGAAGAGCACCAGAUUGCACGCCUCCCCUUGAGUGGAGUGCCUCUCAUGAUCCUUGAUGAGGAGAGGGAACUCGAGAAGCUGUUGCACCUGGGCCCCCCUUCACCUCUGAAGAUGCCCUCUCCACCAUGGGAGUCGAAUCUGUUGCAGUCUCCAAGCGUUCUGUCGACCCUGGAUGUUGAAUUGCCACCUGUUUGCUAUGACUUAGAUAUUUAAAUUUCUUAGCACUCAGUAGUUUGUGUGUAUGUUUUGUAUUAAUAAAGCAAUUCUUUAACAGA